UUACCAAGAAGCAUAUUCAGCAAGAAGCUUCAGUGUUCAAUUCUCAAGUCUCCUGUAUUGAUCUUUCAAGAUGUUCAAGCAGACAAUUUCAUCUCUUUUCCUUAUACUGCUACUUGCGAAUGUGCACACAACAUUAUCAGUUAAUCCCGCAGCAGACGGCAAAGAACCGGUUCUUGAAUUGUACAUGCACGACAUUCUUGGCGGCAGUAUCCCUACAGCUAGGCCGAUCACAGGCUUGCUCGGUAGCAUCUACAGUAGUCAAGUCCCCUUCGCCAAGCCAAUAGGAUUCACUGUUCCAAGUGAUGGGGUGGCUGUCCCAAAUGCUAAUGGAGCCAUUCCAACUGUAAAUGGCGCCACAGGUCUCCCACUAGGAACUGGCCUAUCUGGUACGGCUUUUGCAGGAAACCCUAAUGAUCAUAAUCAGAAUGGCAUCGCAACCCAGCUAGCAGCAGAUGGAUUGGGACUGGGAUUUGGGACAAUCACUGUCAUAGACGAUAUACUGACCUCGAGCCCCGAUUUGGGAUCACAAACACUUGGUAAAGCUCAAGGAAUUUAUAUUGCAAGUUCUGCAGACGGAUCACGACAGCUGAUGGCCUUUACAGCUAUGAUGGAAGGAGGGGAAUACAAUGACAACCUCAACUUCUUCGGGGUGUACAAGAUUGGAAGUACCAUGUCACAGUUGUCCGUGACUGGUGGCACAGGUAAGUUUAAGAAUGCAAAUGGAAUCGCAGAGUUGCGACCCCUGAUUCCUCCAGGCCAACAUGCAACAGAUGGUGCAGAAACGUUGCUGAGGGUUACUGUGCACUUGAACUAUUGAGAACUCUGUCUAUUUUGAUUUUUACAGUGUGCUGCAUUGGCUACAUGUUUGGAGUUCUAUCACAGUUGUAAUUCUCUCUAAUGUAUUUAAAGUGUUG